AUGAUGAGAGAGAUGGACGGGCGAGACAGGUUGUGGGAGGCCAUCAAUCGUGAAAAUGGAGACGAAAAUACAAUACGGAAGGACAACAUUGUGAUGAGGGAGGCCUUGAUGAGGUUCCUUGGGGCCACAGGACGAGGAGAGGAGAAGCGGGUGGGUGUGCAGCGUAGCCAACACUAUGCUGUUAAUGUUGAGGACAAGUAUGCGAGAGAUGGGUGUGAAAUUAAGGACGAGAGUGAAGAUGACCUAGAGUACAAUGACGAUGAGGACUUUGACUUAGAGUAUGUGAGUAAAAGCAACGACAUCCGACGUGUUCCCCCAGAGUUUGUCAGUUAUAAAGGGGAGUCGCAUGAAGAAAGUAUUGGAGAGGUUGCUGCGAGGUACAAUGUAAGCAAGAGUAUUAUUGGGCCAGUGCUCCAUACGAUAAGGUCGAUUGAUAAGCGAUGGAGGAGUAAACGGAACGACCGAGUGAGGAAGCGUGUACGAAACGUCGUCAAGCCUAGGGAGAGAAGAAGGAGUGAGGUGGCACGGCCAAAACAAGGACCGGAGGAACCGAAGGAUGUCUUUCAUACAGAGGGCGAUACAAAUAGAAAAGGUGCAGGUAUCAAUACAAUUGGGGAGACACUAUUCAAGAUGAUGGAGGAUGUAGAGGAUGAGAUGUUUGUAUAG